AUGUCUCCAAAAAUGUACCAGAGUUCUGAUUCCUCUCUCUCCCUUGCCACGACAUACGGUACAACAGCAACAUCGAUUAGCCAGAAUGAUACGUUGCUGGUGGUUGGUAUAGACUUUGGCACUACCCAUUCCGGCGUGAGCUGGGCUAUUGACGAAGGUGACAGGAAGGUUAGGCUGAUCACAGACUGGAAGAAUCCGUCUGGAAUGAACGCCAAUGAAGAAAAGGUCCCCUCAAAAAUCUCGUAUCAGAACGGCCGUGUUCACAAGUGGGGAUACGAAACCUCGGUGAAGGAGGAUAGUUUUAAGUGGAUCAAGAUCCUCCUCGAGCCCGAGCAGAAACACGCUCAUACGACCGCUGAAGUGAAGCUUAGUAACAAGCUCCUCAAAGAACUGGGAAUGACUGCCGAUCAGGUUGUCAGGGACUAUCUCAAGGAGCUUUGGGCUUACACACGAGAGAACAUCCGAAGGCGCCAAGAGGACGAUGACUGGGAAUCUACAUUCCAUUGUCGUGUCAUCUUGACUGUACCAGCGAUGUGGUCUCAUCAGGCUCGGGAGCGAACAUUAAAAGCUGCCAAGGAUGCGGGGUUUCCUGAUGACAUUCAGAUGGUAACAGAACCCGAGGCCGCCGCGCUAGCGACAUUGAAAAGCAAAGCAGCGGAGAACACACUCCGUCCCGGCGAUGCGUUCGUAGUCUGUGAUGCGGGAGGAGGCACUGUGGAUCUCAUUAGCUACAGAGUCAAGUCCACGAAACCUCUUCAACUGGAAGAGUGCGCUAUGGGUGAUGGCGACUUGUGCGGAUCGGUCUUCCUUGACUUAGCAUUCGAGAGAUACAUCACUACUAUAGUUGGGGAAGAGGCGUACUCCUACAUCAAACAGGUGAACAAAAAUAAAAUGCUUCGCGAAUUCGAGUUCGGGGUCAAGCGAGCAUUUGAUGGCGCUGAAGACAAAGAUUACUCUGUCGACCUUAAAGGGGUAGAAGACAACAUAGAAGAAGGUAUCGUUGACGAUACCAUCCCGCUAAAACUCAAUAUGCUGCGUACGAUCUUUGACCACAUAUAUUGCCAAAUAGACACUCUUGUGCAGAAUCAAGUGAGUCAAGUGCAAGCUAAGAACCUUGUGGUCAAGAGCAUAUUGUUGGUCGGGGGCUUUGGUGGAAACAGGUAUAUUCACAGUAGACUUGAGGCAGCCUACCGAUCUCAGAAUAUUCGUGUCCUCCAGGUAGAAGGCGCGUGGUCGGCAAUCUGUCGAGGAGCCUGCCUUUGGGGGCUAGAACAGCCUCUAACGACAAAGUCGGCCGACACCGGUCCACAAAGCCCAAGGAUGGGUGCUGAAGUAUUGGGAACCGUCGCUUCUCGUAUCUCAAAAUACAGCUACGGCAUUAAGAUCUUGGAGCCAUUCGACAUAAGGAAGCACGAGUGGCAUGAUCGCUGCUGGAGUCCGGCGAACGGUGGAUGGAUGGCUGACAACCAGAUGCUUUGGAUGCUGAAACGGAUUGACCGUGCAAAGGGCGAGACAUAUGAAGUCGGCAAGACAUUCGGGUCGUCGUUGAGACAAGCGGUUAAAGGGAUUGGCUGGCGAAGCAAAGGGGUCCGUUCAUUCGAAGAGACGUUGUACAUCUCAGAGCAGGCAGUGCCUCCAAGUAGAGAAGAUGGAAACGUCCAAGCUUUGUGCAGCGUCACGUUCUUCAUCCCGGAAAGGUUCAUUCGACACAAUUCCUCGAGCUAUAGGGACCCUCAUGAGGGUCACAAGUGGAGAGACGCUGAAUUCGAAAUGGUCAUUCGAUUGCGCAGCGCGACUCUAGAUUUCAUCGCUUGUUGUCAAGAUGUCCCAAUCGGCCAUACCGAGGCUAGUUAUGAACGGAUGGGACUUCAAGUAGCAUAGCAGAUCAGCCAUUAUCAUUUGAACAGCUUUUUGAUGUUAUCGUCUUCUUUUUUUCCCCCCUCAAAGAAGGGGGGGAGGGUUGGUGUUGGACUGGAGCGGCACUGUUUCUGUGGGGGACGGAGUAAAGUGAGAGUCGGCUGAAUAGGGGCCAGGUCUUAGGUAGUUGUUGAUGGUCGAGUAGCCGUUUGCUACUUGAAUCUUCGCAUGGUCAUCGGCUGUGAUAUUGAGUACCCCUGGCAUAUUCAGUAUACAAUACCAAGACGGAUUGAGGAAUAGAGGAAACACCUGUAAUAACAUUAUAUCCGUCAACGUUACCCGUUACUACAUUAUUGUUAUGAGCUCCACUGUUGUCCGUCGAACCCUGAUUAACAACCCCCUUUCCCUUCUCCAAAGACGAUUCGCCCAUAGGUCCUCUCUUCUAAAUUGUGCCGCAUUGAAGCAACUAUUUCUCGAUUUCUAUGUCCGCUUUUACAGCGUUCAGUUCUCAGAGAUCCUGUGCUGUUAUCUUCUCAUCACCAAGGUGGUUGUCGCCGACCCCAAU